UCUGAAUCACCAUUCUAAUGCUGCGGACUACGAUCUACCUUGCUAUCGGGCUCUGCUUCCUGGCCAGCGUCACAGCUGGCGUGCACUAUGAGCUGCAGUUUACUGCGGACCAGUUCUGCCAAUCGGCGUCAAUUAUCUACAAGUUGACGACUACGAUGUCGCCGCCGUUCCCUUGCCAGGCCAUGCCCGGUACGAUGUGCAUCAUCAAGGGCACCGACCCGAACAACUGCAUUCCGCAGCCGUACUUUUCUAUCGACGGCAUCUCCAACGUGAUCAACCUCUGGGGCGACGACCAGUGUACCCAGCGGUCGGGCCCUCCGCUCGGCUCGUACCGGUGCAACCUCUACUUUGGCGUUGCCGACGGUGUCGACUUUCGCCGCAUCAACUACACCCGGUACGAGAACUGAGGUUGACUGUGCCGAUGUCAUACAGGCGCAAGUGCAAGCGCAGAGCGUUUUUCCUCCGCUGCUCUGCAACAGGCCUACACACGUAAACGACACUAUGGCCUUG